UAUCGAUGUUUCGCCACCACUAAUUAUCAUUUGCGCUUGCGCCCAAAAUGUUGAAAUUUGCAUAUAAAUUUAAUUAAAGUGCGAUCGAAUUAAAAUUGAAGAUCAUUCGCAGUGUGUUUUUGUGUGAAACAUUAAAGUGCCUGCUCAAAUUAAAAAAAGUGUCGCAUUGUCGCAGUCGCAGUGUCAGCAGCUCAAAUGUAAAUGCAUAAAACAGAGAAAGAGAAUCAGAACCAAAACACACUUAUUGACUGAUCAACUAACUGACUGACUGAUUGAGUGAUUGAUGAUAAAUGCAAAUAUUGCAUUAAAAUGAAGUGACCAACGCAAUUCACACAAAAUAUGGCCAGCAAUGUGGCUGGUGUUGCAGUUGGAGCUGGUUCAGUUGCUGGUGCUGGUGGUGGUGGAGCUGCUGGUCAAUCAUCAACCAUGACCAUCAAUCAUACGCAUGCCGUUUGUGUCUGGGAAUUCGAAGCAUCGCGCGGCGGCGGCAAAUGGUUGCCAUAUUCUCCGGCAGUGUCCCAGCACUUGGAGCGUGCGCACGUCAAGAAAUUAACCCGCGUCAUGCUGAGUGAUGCAGACCCCAGCCUGGAGCAAUACUAUGUGAAUGUUCGCACAAUGACACAGGAGUCGGACACCGAAUCGGAAGCGGGAGGCCUCCUCACGAUCGGAGUGCGACGCAUGCUCUAUGCGCCCAGCAGUCCGGCGGGAAAGGGCACCAAGUGGGAGUGGUCGGCGGGUGGCAGCGGAGGGGACAUCGGCGGUGGCGGUGGCAGCGGUGGCAACUGCUGUGAUUGGCGACCCUACAACAUGCAUGUGCAGUGUAUCAUUGAGGAUGCGUGGGCGCGUGGAGAACAAACGUUGGAUCUGUGCAACACAAACAUCAGCCUGCCAUACACCAUCAACUUUUGCAACCUGACGCAAAUGCGACAGCCGAGCGGCCCAUUGCGAAGCAUUCGCCGUACACAGCAGGCGCCGUAUCCGUUGGUCAAGCUGACGCCACAGCAGGCGCUGCAGUUGAAAACAACAAACAACAGCAAUGGCAACAGCAAUGGUCAGCAGCAGCAGCAGCAACAACAACAACGCAACAAUACGUUGCCCAAAAUGGGCACAAUGUUGCCGCCAAUGCAUCGACAGCAACAUCCGUUGCCCAUGUCAGUGAGCAACAGCCAUCAGCAGCAGCAGCAGCAUCAACAUUUGCAGCAACAGCAUCAGCAACAUCAACAGCAACAUCAACAGCAUCAUCAGCAACAGCAUCAACAGCAGCAGCAUCAACAGCAACAGCAGCAGCAGAGGAAGCCACACAAAAAGCACAGCGAAAUCUCAACCACAAAUCUGCGUCAGAUACUCAACAAUCUCAACAUCUUUGGCAGCAGCACGAAGCACAGCAGCAGCAGCAACAACCACAACAACAAUCACAAUCAUGGCCACAGCAAUGGGCAUUUGGUGGGCGGCGCCUCCGCAAGCUCCUCGAAUGUGGCGGGCUCAACGCUGCAUUUGAUGCAACACCAACACCAGCAGCAACAUCAGGUGCCGCAACACUUUGCGCACGGCAGCAACAAGAGCAUGUUGACCUCAUCGAUGAACAGCCAUCACAGUCGCUGCUCGGAGGGUUCGUUGCAGUCGCAGCGCAGCAGCCGCUUGGGUUCGCAUCGAUCGCGUUCGCGCACGCGUGCCUCCGAUACGGAUACGAACAGUGUGAAGUCGCAUCGAAGGCGGCCGAGUGUGGACACCGUCUCGACGUAUCUGAGUCAUGAGAGCAAGGAGAGCUUGCGUAGCCGUAACUUUGCCAUAUCUGUGAAUGAUCUGCUCGACUGUUCGCUGGGCAGUGAUGAGGUAUUUGUGCCAUCGUUGCCGCCAUCGUCGCUGGGCGAACGUGCACCGGUGCCGCCGCCCCUGCCACAGCAGAUGGUGCAACAGCAACAACAGCAGCAGCAGCAACAACAACAGCAACAGGUGCAACAACAGCAGCAGCAGCAACAACAACAACAACAACAGCAAUCAAUCGCUGGUUCGAUUGUGGGCGUGGACCCAGCCAGCGAUAUGAUAUCGCGCUUUGUGAAGGUGGUGGAGCCACCGCUGUGGCCCAAUGCUCAGCCGUGUCCCAUGUGCAUGGAGGAGCUGGUGCAUUCGGCACAGAAUCCAGCCAUAUCGUUGAGUCGCUGCCAGCAUUUGAUGCAUCUUCAGUGUCUCAACGGCAUGAUCAUUGCCCAGCAGAACGAGCUCAAUAAGCAGAAUCUGUUCAUCGAGUGUCCCGUGUGUGGCAUCGUCUAUGGCGAGAAGGUGGGCAAUCAGCCGAUUGGCAGCAUGUCCUGGAGCAUCAUCAGCAAGAAUUUGCCCGGUCACGAGGGACAGAACACCAUUCAAAUUGUCUACGACAUCGCCUCGGGUCUGCAGACCGCUGAGCAUCCGCAUCCGGGUCGCGCCUUCUUUGCCGUUGGCUUUCCACGCAUCUGCUAUUUGCCCGACUGUCCGCUGGGUCGCAAAGUGUUGCGCUUCCUCAAGAUCGCCUUCGAUCGCCGUUUGCUCUUCUCGAUUGGACGCUCGGUGACGACGGGUCGUGAGGAUGUGGUCAUCUGGAAUAGUGUCGAUCACAAGACGCAGUUCAACAUGUUUCCGGAUCCCACCUAUUUGCAGCGCACCAUGCAACAGCUGGUCCAUCUAGGAGUCACGGAUUGAACAACACAACAACAAAAAUCGAGAAAUCUCAAACUCUUCCACACAAUUACACGAAUUCUUCCAAUGUUCUUUAAGUACUCCCUCUCUCUCUCACUCUAUUGCUAACAAAAAUCUCAAUGUGUGUGCAAUCUAUAUUUUUUUUUAUAUACAAAUAAUUGUUUAAUUGUUCGAGCUGCUCGAACACUAAAAAACAAAAGACAAUCCCCAACAAAAAAAAAAAAAGAAAA